AUUUUCCCCGGCUGGGCAAACUUGUUGUCUAUAUCUAUCUAUAUAUCUCUCCUCACGCUAAUGUGAGGUGCAAGAAUAUAUUUUGCAAGAUGUAAAUCGUGGUUGGGAAGAAGAAGAGGUUUAUGUUUUCGCUCGUGGCGAGUGAGAGACGUGUGCGCGUUACAAAGCUUUUAAGCUCAACUUCGACGACUCGCUUUCACGGAGUUACGUAAAUCUAAGAGAAACGAAAAAAAAGAGGAGAAAAUAAAAGGCCCAUAAAAAAAAAGUAGCAUCUCGUCAACUUCAUUCACGAUGAGGAAGACGUCGUUCGAUAAUCCCAGUAAUACAAGACGGAAUAUUUUGAGUAAUUCAUCUUACAAUUACACAUCGACUGUAAAUAAAGAUGCAGAUUACAAACGUCUGAAUUACAAAUCCCAGGAGAGCAGCAGUUUUCUACAAAAAAGUGUCUCAGCAGACAAUGUUGUAGUUCGCACAAGGGGAUUUAAACCCUCCGACAGACACGAUCCAGCGAAACGAAAUUUUCUCGAAAAACUCACUUCUAAAAUACUUCACUUCGAUAUGGAAAGCGGAGAGAGGACUCCAAUAAAUUUACAAAAAUUGCUCACUCCAGCUACAGAUGGAAAUGAAAAGACGCACGUUAAAAAUAAAGAAAAAAUGUUCGCCUCUUCGUACUUCUACGCUCCCUCUCAUCCAACGGUCGAGGAUCAAGUAGAAUUAGCCCGAAGAAUUUCAAAUUCAUUGAGCGAUGUGAAGAAUAUGAAAAGCAAAGGACAAUCGAUGUAUGUCAAUCGAAAAAAACGAUCUGUAAAGUGGAUUCACGAGGGCAAUGGAACUGAAGAGGAAGACGACUCUUCUACUCCGUUGCAUAAGGACAAACUUUCUUUGAAGUGUUUAAUGAAUCCUUGCGGAAAGGUCCUCGACAUUAAUGGAAUUCAGGCUCUGGGAGAGGAAGUUAAUAUUGAAUCAUUUCCUUCUCAUCCGGAAAAGCUGUUCGAUAUUGUUCGUGACUUGAAUAAUCAAAGAGGCCGGGGAGCUGAAAUUUUUGCAAAACGUAGAAAAAGGUCGGAGAAAUGGGUGGUGGAUAAGGAACAACCUCAGACACCAACUACACCUGUUUAUCCAAAAACACCAACUUAUCCAACAAAACAGGAAUUUCACGAAAAAACGAAUUACUUGAAUCAAUCGUCCGUGAGUCCACAGACUCCAUUGUCGUCAUUUGAUAAUAAACCAUUUUAUAAUCCUUUUACCGUGGAUUUAACAACUGGAAAUUCAAAUUUACAAUGUGCAGGCCAGGAACGACAAACUCGAGGCAAUAAAAAUCUAGAGAACGGGGUGAACAGGACCACCGACGUGAAGAAAAUUUAUCUUCGGGAAGUGGCUGUUGGUACAGAGUCUGAACUUCCUCACGAAGAUUGUGACCAAUUUUUGGGAAAAUCAAAACGAAUGUCCUUCAACAACGAGGACCACCAACGUUCGCGUGCCUUUGUUAAUACUAACGGGCAUCAACGCCACAAAUCAGCCUUUUCCAAUAAUUCUAAUCAUCAUUCUAAAUCAAAUGGCAUUUCUAAUGGUUCUCAUCAUCAUCAUAAUCAUCACGUGAAAGCAAAUGGCCAUUCCUAUCUCUAUCCAAAAUCCAAUCACUACGUGAAAAAUAAUUCCAGACCAAGUUCAAAUUCCACUUAUAAUUCAAGACCAAAUUCCAAUUCGCAUUAUAAUUCCAAUUCAAAAUCAAAAUCAAAGUACUAUUCCCAUCCUACAAAUUCAAAGUUUAAUUCAAAGACGAGCAAUAAUUACAAAAAAUCAUCAACUUGCGAGACGAAUGGUAAAUUAAUAAGAAAUAAUUUUAGAAACGGAAAUAGUGAGGAUAGUGAGGAGAGUGAUUACACCCCGGUUCCGGUGAAGCAACUGAUUCAGGAAUUCGAAAAAACUUGCCGACCCGUUUUGCAGUAUAAGCAAUUGAGUCCAAAGGUGAUUCCCAUCAGUAGGCAGAACGAUAUUUCGAGAUUUUUUGAGAACACAUCAGUUCCGAGUAAGUACGAGGUUUGCUGUCGAUUAUCAUCGGACAGAGAGGACGAGAUUUUCGAGAGGGAAAGUUUGGAUUCUUGUCGAAGCAACGGUUCGUUAUCGUCUGAGGAAUUGGACGAUGAAUCAUUGGACGAUUCACUGUCGUCUAUGAACUAUUAUCAAUUUGAGGGGAGAAAGCCAAUUUGUGAGGAGAAUUUUCAACCGAUUCAGAAGGGAAAUAAUAGAAGUGCAUCGAUGUCGAUGGUUGAUGAGUAUUAUCGCCGACAGAUUAUGGAUUCGGACGAGGAUCAGGAGGAGAGUUUAAUUAUCAGUGAAUCCAGUGAAUUCAUUGAGAUUCAGACGGAAAUUCAGGAGGAGAGAAAACCGAGAGUACUCGCCAUGGUUGGCACUCAGGAUGAUAUUUUGGAUACGAUUAAACAUUUGAGGAAUACUCCGGUUGUCAAUAAUCUUGUCUCGGCUGAUUGCGAGUUUGGUAUUGGCGGCUUGAACGUUGAUGAUGGUGGUAAAUUGUACGACGGUAUUGGCUACCAGGGUCCAAAGAUAUCGAGCUACCAGAAUUUGGCCAAUUACAAUACGGCGCCACGUGGUUGGGAUCAAUCGCUCUCGUUUUAUCGACCAAUUAAAUUUGAGAAGCCACCCGAAAAAUUGGUCUAUUCUGAUUUUUAGUCAUACGAUUUGUUUUUUGUUUUCGUAUGACACGGUAUGUUUUCCCAAUUUCGUAAUUUAAGUGUCUGCUAUACGCUAAAAUAAAUUUCCUUCAUCGCCUGUGACAAAACAAAACUUUCUGUUUAAAUGAAAGUUUUUUUAUCAUCACAUUUCAAUGAGAG